AUGCCGAGGAUCAUUACCAUGAACGGUGACCACCAGUCGGUUGCCACCGCGCCGCUGGAUCUGAGCACCACUGCGCGAGGGCGCAGGAGGUCCGGGACUCCAGACUGCAACUUCUGCGCCAAGGACGCGCGGGGGACAGGCGGCUCGCCCGCGCCUCCCGCGAGCACGGGCACGGACAGCUCAGAGAUACGCUGCUCCCCGAACCGAACCGAGCCGGGCUCAGAAAGCAGCGGGACUCGCAAACGUCCAGCGGACUCGUGUUCCUCAAAGCUCCCCUUUAGGAAGCGUCCGAUUCCCCUGGAGCCUGAUGGUCAGAAGCUGACACCCGCUCCGACGGUGAGCGGAACCCGCUCCUCCCCGGGGGAGGAAAAGGACUUCUCGGUUCGGGAGAGUUCGGCUGCUCGUUUGGAUGACAGCAGGGUUGGAGUUGCACCGGCGACCCUGAAGCGCGCUGGAGAGGCAGGACAAGGUCCAGAAGGAUAUCCAUGCUGCGUUUUCCCCAUUUCCCCCAUUCUUAACUAUGCUCCUUACCCAGUGUACAUCAUGCCCCCAGUCUCAGAGCCACACCUUCCACUGGCCCACCAAACGGAGCACCUGCUGGCCGGAAUAGCUCUGGCUACGCGUCAGGAUGAAGAUGGAGACACGGCGCUCCAUAUAGCUGUGGUGCAGGGAGAAAUGUCCAUGGUCUGCAAACUCAUCGAACUCUUGCUGUGGGCUCACAGAGACCUCGAUAUCUACAACCAUCUCCGUCAGACGCCACUUCAUCUGGCAGUGAUAACCAAACAAGCACACAUGGUGGAUGUCUUGUUGAGAGCGGGAGCUGACCCAUCUGUCCUGGACCGUCAUGGCCAAACAGCGCUCCAUCUCUGCUGUGAAUAUGACCAGCACGACUGCCUGUCUGUACUGGUUCCUUUCCCCUCGUUCUCUUCAUGUCUGGAGAUCAGAAACUUUGACGGUUUGACUCCUCUUCAUUUGGCAGUGCUGCAAGGUCAUCAGAAUCUGGCUGAGAAGCUCCUGGAUGCAGGAGCUGACAUCAAUGCUAUGGAUAUCAAGAGUGGCCAGAGUCCUCUCAUGCACGCUGUGGAGAGUAAUAAUCCAGACAUGGUCCACUUCCUCAUUGAGAAUAGAUGUGAUGUGAACAGCCAGUCCUACAGUGGGAACACAGCUUUGCACAUCGCCUGUGGUCGGGGCCAGGUGGACACUGUGCGGCUGCUGCUAAAAAGUGGAGCUGAUAGCAGCUUCAAGAACUACCACAAUGACACCCCAGUGAUGGUAGCCAAGAACAAAAAAAUUGCAGAUGUGUUACGGGGAAGAGGCUCCAAACAGAUCAGAGCUCAAGAUCAAUACAUCAUCUCAGUUUCACCACACGGGACCAACUAUAUGGAAAAUGGUUCACCAUCUUCAAGCCAAAGCCAUGGGUCUUCACCUUCAACAACGCCACAUGGCCUUUAUCAUGGUGCUUCCCAUUCUCCAAAACCUCCAACUGCACAGUUUCCAUUUUACUAA